AUGAGUAUCUUUGGUCUGGCGUUCCUGGAUGAGUUGGUGAAGAUCGAGGCUCAUGACUCGGAGGUUUUGUGUCUGGAGUUUUCCCCGACAUCCACAGGUGUGAAUCUGUUGGCGUCGGCCAGCAGAGAUCGACUGAUUCACGUCUUCAACCUGGAGAAGAACUACAGUCUGGAACAAACUCUCAGUGACCACUCAGCCUCCAUCACUGCAGUCAAGUUCACCGGCGAGAGUCCCGAGGUUCGCCUGGUGAGCUGUGGAGCCGAUAAGAGCAUCUACUUCCAGAGAGCCGAGCAGGCUGUGGAGGGUCUGCUGUUCUCCAGGAGUCACCACGUGGUGGAGAAGACGACUCUGUACGACAUGGACCUGGACGCCUCCAGGACACACGUGGCCAUCGCCUGCCAGGACCGGCACGUCAGGGUCUAUAACGUGGAAACUGGGAAGCUGAAGAAGAGUUUGAAAGGCUCGUCCAGCGAUGAAGGUGCUCUGCUGAAGGUCCAGAUGGAUCCGUCCGGCUCGUUCUUCGCCACCAGCUGCUCCGAUAAAAACAUCGCCAUCUUUGACUACGAGUCGGGGGAGUGUGUCGCCACCCUCUUCGGACAUGCUGAGAUCGUCACCUGUAUGAGGUUCAGUCAGGACUGCAGACAUCUCAUCACCGUGUCUGGAGACAGUUGUGUGUUUGUGUGGAGGUUGGACUCUCAGAUGACCAGCAUCAUGAGGAAGAGGCGGGGCCUCCGUCAGAGCGCCGCGGCUGAAGCCUUCAGUCGCAAAACUCAGAACAUCAGGAGGGAGACAUUCAUCAGCGGACCGGCGUCUCUGGUGCCUCACACUGAGGAAGAGGAGGAAGGGGAAGAAAAGGAAGAAGAAGAGGAGGAGGAGGAGGAGGAGGAGGGCGAGACUCCACACAGACUGGACCCCGCUCACGACCCUCAGCUGCUCCAGACCAAUGGGAAGCUGCCGCUGUGGUUCAGAAAACUGCAGGGUGAGGGCGGAGCCUCUUCUGACGCCCAAUCAGGCUCUGAGCCUCGGCAGGUGCCGGUGCGGAGCCGGUGGUCUGAGCACCUGAACCCUCUGACCAUCUGGUCCGAGUUCUCCCCGAGUCCCACCAAGACACCGGAGGAGGGGGAGGAAGAGGAGGAGGAGGAGGAGGAAGAAGAGGAGGGAGACUUUCACCCCCAGAGUCUGGAGAGUCUACUGGGAGAGGAAGAAGAGGAAGAUGAGGUGCUGCAGAAUCCAGUGGGAAACCCCAGCUUCAUCCUGGACCCCGCUGCUGACAGGGAGUUUGACGUGGAGGGCGUGGCUGACCCUCGGCUGGAGGUCAAAGGUCAGAGGGCGGAGCCAGCGUGGACCAAUCAGCUGAGUCCUGACUCUGCGUGCUUCGAGGGCUCGGCAGGAAGUCUGGAGCAGCAGCACGAUGCCGCAGACACAGACUCGCUGAGUCAGGGCAGCUCUGUGGGCAGUCUGGGUCUGGAGGACGAUGACGACACCAACUCUCUGAAGAACCACUUCGAGACGCUGACAGACGAGAAGUUUGACACUGACCUGAGGCUGUUGCAGCCUCCUCCCCCGGAGGAGGAGGAGAAACACUACCUGAACCCUCGACUCAGCAUCUCCACGCGCUUCCUGUCCCGCUUCCAGGACAGAGUCAGGGCGUGGCCGAGCAGAGCUCCGCCUCCUGUCUCCAUGCCGACCAGGAUCUUGGAGGAAAGCAGCAACACAUCGGUGAGCUCUGGCGUCGAGGUUUCCUCCACCGAGUCCACGCCGAAGGACGACAGCAGCAGCAGCAGCAGCGUUGACAUCACGUCCAGGACUCCCAGCAUCGUGGCGUCUGCUGCCCAGCAGGGGGCGCCGCGGCUGGGGUACCUGGGGACCACGGCCAGCUCCAGGGCCAAACUGAGCCAGGAGGCCCCCCCCUCUGGCCCAGAGGAGGAGGACCUGGAGGACCUGGAGCCUGCUGGCCCCCAGCAGCAACUCACCGGCAGUGUCUUUCUGUCUCCGCUCCCCGAGGCGUUGGCUCCGCCCACCGCUGUGACAUCACUGGGAGGAGUCGGGCGGUGCAGCGUCAGCAGCAGCGUCGACGACGAGACGCUGACCAAUCAGAAUCUAACACUCAUCCUAAGCCCCACCCCCUCCGCCACUGCCUGUGACAUCAUCGGGGAGGAGGCGGGGCCAGGAGGAUCCGAGAUUGAUCCAGAAUCAGACACGUUUUUGGGAGUUGACCCCCCGACAUCUUCCUCCUCUCCGCUGUCAGACCCUCACACAGUUUCAGGUUCGGGUGACGAUGACGAGCCUCUCGGUCUGCAGCGCUGUCAGCAGGUCGCCAUGGAGCUGAGAGAGACAGCGAGACACGCUGUACAGCUCUACCAACAGCUGUGUUCGGUGGCCGGUGAUUCGGGGCAGCUUCUCCAGAGGGCGUCCGUGCUACGGGAGGCGUUUGAUGCCGUUCUCUGUGAGCUGCAGGCGGCCCAGGCGGGUGGAGACAGGCUCCCUGAGGCGGGUGGAGACAGGCUGCCUGAGGCGGGUGGAGACAGGCUCCCUGAGGCGGGUGGAGACAGGCUCCCUGAGGACCCCGGGACUCUGUCUCUGCUGGAGAAAUACUCUGAGCUGCUGGUCCAGAUGACUCAGAACAAACUGAACCGGAUCUGAGACGUACGGAGGCUCAACGGGGACAAAAGUCACUUUAUUUUACCAGUGUUACUUUGAACGCACCUUAACGUUUGUUGGUUUAUUUGUGUUUUAAAUCACAGUCGCUCAGUUUGUACAUAAACUGUUUUUAUUCUGUCCUUUUAAUAAAUGUGUUUCAUACA